GAGGAAACUACUACCUCCUAGAAUUUGAACACUUGUCCAUAGUACAAUUAUCAAUUCGGAUAAAGGAACAUAUCAGUCGACUAAAGAUAGGACUAUCAUGAGUCUGCACACGACACAUGCAACAACCAAGUUAGUUGUUCUUCAGUUUUAUCCGAAUGAUAACUUGUACAGGACACGUAAGAAAAAACUGACACAUAUUACUUACGUUAGAAGUCAUAGCUACUGAAUAGGUUGCGAAUGUUCUCGUCAAUCUGAAAACCGGGACUAAUCGAAAACCGAUAAAUACCAUAGUAAAAAAAAGGACGGUCAAGGUCGAUUCCAGAAUAUUUUUCUUUUAUAUUCUAAGAGAAUUAGCGAUAAUGGGAAAUAAUAGAAAAAUUCUUUAAAAGUUGGCUUCUUAAUAAACUUUUGUAUAAAAAUUACUAGAUUAACUUAAAUAAUAGGAACUGAAUAUGAGUGCUAAAUCAGCUGGUACCUUAGGGCGUAUUUUUGCUCGUAUCCUCCGGUUUAUCCAAAAUCGAUGUAUGGAAUUAUUAAAAUUUCUAUGGAAUAUCUUACCGCUACCUCUAAAAAAUCGUCUUAAAAAACUGAAACUGUUAUUCAAUAUAUUGUUUUUUAAUUCCCAAACGUCAUGGUACACUGGACUAACAACCGCAACGGAACCGUGUAAUUGGCUAUUUAGCAGAGGAUUAAAAUUAGCAGGACCGAUAUUUGUUGUUGUUGUGGUUCUUCUCGUGACAAUUGUACUCGUUGUAUUCUUCGUAUGCCUUCUUCCACAAAAAUUUGAGGAAUCACCUGGUUGGGCUUUGUGGCAUUUAUUCUUAGGUCACUAUGUCACGUUAAAUAUUGGUUUUAAUUACUUUAUGGCCUUGAAAACUGAUCCUGGAACACCUCCCAAUAGCGUUCCUGAAGUUGUAUCCAUAUGCAAAAAAUGUAUUGCACCUAAACCUCCAAGAACACAUCACUGUGAUAUCUGCAAAAAAUGUGUAUUAAAAAUGGAUCACCAUUGCCGUAUCCUUUUUUGA